AUGUUACCCUCGUCUCUGAAGAGUAUUUAUCAACAGUACAAAGCUGACACAGACUCUGUAGCCAAUUGGCUGGCCAAAACGGCCAAUGCCAACGGUUAUCAAGACAAUGCUUCAAGCUCCAACAAUGUACUGGCCAAGUCAGGUAGAGUGAAGGGCAAGGCUCGGAAACAAGCUAAAGCUUCAGGCCAGCCUCAGCCAGGCAACUUGGCCAACAAGACUUCUCGCAUCAUCAGGGUCAGGGAUUUUGAACCCAUGGCAAGCCAUAUCGCCAAGUUAGAUUCCGUCAAGGUUCCCCAUGACUUGAGUGUGGCCCUUGAGCGCGUUAUUUGGGUGCGCAAGAACUUUUUGAAACGGCUUCUUGACAGUGGAGCCGAAAUCGAGCCCGGCUCAGAUACGGGCAGCUUCAACGCCGACGAAGCAGCUGAAAAGGCUGGCGAGAAGUCUCAAGAGGCUUUCAAGAACAUGUUCGACGUUCUCCAAGUGUACGCACCAUCCGAAUCAUUCUUGAACGCUCCAGAUGUUGCUCCCAAGUCCGCAACCGUUUUGGAGUAUACUGUCGAACAGGACGAGUCCAUGGAGGACGCCAUCUUUGCUCUUGUCACUCUUUUGGGUGACUAUAGCCGCCUCAGGCAAGAGGUCAAGUCGCUGUGGGCGGAUUACGAAGCAAAUCGUCUCGAUCUGGCUGCCGCCGCUGUUGCAACCAACAUGGCUUUUGAGCUCGCUCGCAGCAUGGAAGACGAAAUCGCACCCAUAAUCCGCAAGCACGACGGCGAAGCAGGUGAACUUGCCACCACGUACUUCAUGGGAUUGUGCAAUUUAUAUGGCAUUGAUCCAGGUGACAAGCAGCCAGGUGAUGCUUAUAACUUGCAAGCCUACGAUUUGGCCGAGCUCUGUCUGGCAACCACCAACACUCUUCUCACUAGUUAUGCAACGGGCACUUCGCCCACCGUCGUCAUCAACUACUACAACGGCAAGUUCGGCUGGUAUAAUGAAGAGCUUGGUGCCAAGGGCAAGACCAGCCGCGCAAAGUGGGAUCAGGAUAAGAAUGCAAUGCUCGAGAUCCUGCCCGACCUGCAUUUCCUCGCCUCGAACAUGGGAACAGGAGCGGUUGAAGACGAGCUGAUCCGUGGCAUUGGUGCUCUCAUGAGGGAUCCCGACGGGGUUACCCCCCUGUGGUUAUCCUUCGCUGCGCAAAUUUAUCUUGAUGUCCUACAGUCCCUCGGGUCAAACUGCGGCCGCGGCUUUGACGAGAUGAAACAGGAAAGCCUCAAGAUCAAGAAGGCAAUGCUCAACGUCCCCAGCUCGCCGGAACGCAGCCGGGUCCUCAAAGCUGCAACAAAGUGGGACAAGGAUCCGAUUCGGGCAUGCCGCGACCAAAUGGUCAAAUUGGGGCAGUUGUCUGGGACCAUGCCCCCGGCAUGGAGGUUUCUGCGUCGUAAUCCGAUUCACUGCGGCCUCCUGAUCCAUAAUAUGCGUGUGAAUCUACACCUCUCGGGCGUAGCAUACGCCGCAACCCCGGGAGCAGUCAUGUGUACGACGCAGCUGUACCAGGCUCUUCGCCAGGAGAAGCUGCUUUCGGACCAGUUGGUAUGGGAAGAUGUCGAAACAUUUUGGAAGAUGCAGGGUGACUCGGCGUUCUUUGUCGGUGAUCCACCCAAGAACCGCGAAGGCUAUUUCAAGAAUUACUGUCUUUGCCUCGGCGUGUCAGUCAGUAACUGGGCGCCAACCAAGCGCAAGGGCAAAGUCAAUGUCAACACCGCAAACAGGCGCAACAUGAAGUUCAAUGGUUGGGUGUCUUUGGUGAUUAACCGUCGUCUCGCGCCGACCGGCGAACGUCUCCCCUUGUCGUCUGACUUGAUUGAAGGCAUCUUGAUUGAGGGUCGCCGCCAUGAGACCAUGGACGGCAAAGGGCAUAUCCAGCCAGAGAUCAAGGGAAAAGCCAAGGAUGAGCCUAUUGACGCAGUGUCGCUCCCCCCUGCUGCUCUUAUCCGCAGGCUUGCCCUCAACAUACACGCCGAGAUCCCCGACAUUCGCUUCAACUACUUCACCAUGCACCACUCGGCGUGGAGAUUCCUCACGGAGUUGAAAGAAGAGUUUACCCGAUUAUGGGGGGCUCGAUUCCUCCAGUACAUACCCACAGAAGACAAGCUGCCUUACGUGGUCGGCUACGUCUUCUCCACUGCUGCAGGCCAAAAAGGCCUGACAAGCGACGAUAAGGGAGAGGCUGUGGAUGCCGGGAUCGAUGCCGCCGCAAAGGUUAUGCGCAAAUUCUUGGAAGACGGACAUGGACGAGUUGUCAAGGAGCAAGUUGAGACGGAGGUUGAGCCGGAGGAGCUGAAAGAUGCGGAUUUUGAAGGAUUUUCGGACUCGUGGAGGCUGGAUACUCUGAUGAAGAAGCUUAAAAGAGAGAGUCAAGCCGGCAGGGGUUCCGGUAGAGGAGGAGCCGAAGAGGAUUGCCACAUGCAGUGA